CCUCUCUGCUGUUCCUGCCUCCCCCCCCCGCGGACGCCGCUUCCCGCCGGGUCCUCAUCGCCGCUCUCUUCGCGGGGCCGCCCCCCCCCGCACUGCGCGUGGUGCGCUCGGGGGCGGGGCUUGCGCUGCGCACCCCGCAGGGGGCGCUCCUGCGCGGGCCGGGCCCCGCCGCGCUCUUCGUGAGCCCCCCGGAGCUGCUCGGGGGCAGCGACCCCGGCCCUCGCGCCCUCGUCCGCCAAUGGGUGAGCUUCGCCGAGAGGGAGGUGGCGCCGGCCGCGACCAUCGCCGCGGGGGGGGAGCCAAAGGCCCGGGCCCGGGCUCACCAGGAGCUGCUCCGCGCUCUCCGGGCGCUCGAUUCCCACCUCCGGGAGCGCCCGUUCCUGGUGGGCGCUGGCGUCACCUUGGCCGAUGUGACCCUGACCUGCGUCCUGCUGGGGCCCUGCCAGCACGUCCUGGACGCUGCCACCGUCGCCACCGUCCCCAACGUCGGGCGCUGGUUCAAGGCCUGCGUGCGGCUGCCCCAGUUCCGGGCGGUGCUGGGAGAUGUGGGGCUGGGCGGGGACGAGGCCCCUGCCCCACAGCGUGA